AUGCAGUUAGUGUUAGUACUGUUGAUAGUGAUCGUGAAUGUGGAUCAGGUCUUAGCCGCAGGCGCUUUCAGUUUAAUAAACACUGAGAGGCGUUCGUUCAGUGAUGAGUCGGCGUCUAAUCCAUUGUCUAUCAAGAGUUUCUAUAAAGAGUUUCCUCUGCGGACACCUAUUCGUCCGAUUAGAAAGUUAAUCAAAACUUUGUUCAAAACGUCUUCCUCUCCGGAAUCGGUCCAAAGUGACGACAACUAUAAGGCCACGUAUUUUGUGACACCAAAAAAGAGCCGAACAUUAAUCAGUGAACUGUCGGCCCCUAACUCUCCCGCAUCCGGCCUUCAUAUGUCCGGUUCUGUUGCUCAGCCAUCCUAUGCGACUCCUCCGCAAAGUAUAUCUUCUAAACCACAUUCGUAUGGCUCUUAUGGCCAGUCAUCUCAAUAUCCGGGCUAUAAUAGUAACCAACAGUAUUCCAAUCCAAAGACUUAUUCAAAUAGUUAUUCGCAACAGAAGUCUGUAGCGCCCAAACCUACUGCAUGGACACCUACACAUGAUUAUCAACAAAAUUCUGGUUAUUCUAGUGCUAACAGAGGACCCGGUUAUUCAUCGAGUUAUCCUCAGAAUAGUUAUCCUCCAAAUUACCAACAAAGUAGUGGCUAUUCACAGAAUAGCGGUUAUAGUAGCGGUAAGAGUGCUCCUAACUAUGGCUAUAAUAGCCAACAAAAUUCAAAUCAAUUGGGAUUCAGUUUCGGUGAUCUGGAGAACGGACGCGGAAUUACAAUGGGUGUCACCGAAGAUAACCAAUACUCCAAUAGCAACCAAUACGCGCAGAAUAGUUAUAGUAAUAAUAAUAAUCAUAAUAAUAAUAAUUACGGUAAUUCUGAAGGAAGUGGUAUGAGUGUGGGGUAUGGAGAUGGUGGUGGAAGUGGUAUUCAAAUUGGUGGUGGGGAUGGGGGAGGCGGUGGUAUGUCUUUCUCAUUCGGAGGGGGAAAUGGUAUGAAAGUAAACGUCGGAUCUGGUGGUGGCGGCUACCAGUCUAGCGGUUCCGAUAAUUAUGACAAUUAUAAGCAACAGGGAUAUGGAGGGUAUGACAACAAGGGAUAUGGAGGAUAUGACAACAAGGGAUACGGAGGAUAUGGCAAUAAUUAUGGCGGAUAUGGCGGUGGAUAUAAAAAGGACUAUUACUACGAAGAGAAGCCACAGUUUAGUCUAACGAUGCCAUCGAUGGGCAAAAUGGUGGCCGAGAUGAAUAUGAGGCCACCAAAUAUCAAGAUGAAGAUCAACGCCAGCCCUAAAAUGAAAGUAAUCACAGGAACUACUGAUCCGCUAGAGAAGCCGUCUCAAGAGGAAGAGCCUAUAAUUGAGGACAUAUUCGCACCGCCGGCCCCUUUCGAAAGGCCCCCGCGAAUGAAUGACACGGACGGCAAUGGGACGGCUCAUGGAGUGAACGGAACGAACGCCACAGCGCCAUAUCCGCCGUAUCCCUAUCCAUACCCUUACCCAUACCCCUAUCCGUACCCGUCGUAUCCCUAUCCCCCACAUUAUCCGCAAUAUUCUAAUCCAUAUCCAGGCUAUGGACACAACUAUAAUAAUCCUCAAUCGCACGGAUCGUAUGGCGCUUCUUAUCCUCAGCACCAGUCCUCUCAAUAUUACCCACAAAAUAGUUACCAACAAAACAGUGGUUAUAAUCAUAAUUAUGCACAACAUUCCUAUAGCACUCCACCCCCACAGCAUUCCGGGUACACAGCAUAUCAGGGUAAAGGCUACGGACACCAGCCAACAGGUGGUACUUAUGAUAAGCCAUAUCCAUCAGAAUCAAGACGACAGGCAGUGUAUGUGAGUCCACAGACUCACACUCAGACCCGUCGUAACCAAUACGUCGCUCCUCCGGCCGCUCAAAGUGUGGGCGACUCUAACGCCUAUCAAAAGUCUGCUAAUUAUCAUCAAUAUAACCAUCAGAACCCUUACUAUAAUCAAUACAAUAGUGGUCACAAUUAUCAUAACAGUAGUGCUAACUAUUACAACCAUCAGCCCCACUACGGACAGGCAGUUGAUUACACUCCGAAUCAAAGUCAUGGUAGUGGACUGGGUUAUAAGUUUUACAACGGCUCUAACAUAAACUCCGGCUAUAAUAAUAGCCAUUCUAUUAGUGGCUAUCAUGAGGACCAUCUGGACUACGAGUUAAGCAAAACGUUUGGCAAAAUGAUGGAGAAAUACCCGGGCGGUAGCACUAAAGAGGGGAAGUCUCAGAUUGUGUUUGAUGUCAGACCCAGAGUUACGUUCAAAAUGCAUAACAGGUCUCUGCCGAUGGAGAAGAAACACAAAGACCCCUUCUUUAAGACUAAAUUCAUGGUUAUUAUGGAGACCACCACUAAAGCGCCCGAUUAUGGCUACGGCUAUGGAGGGUAUGGCGCCUACGACUACGACUCCUCUUCUACCACAUCGACGACUCCCAAACCCACUACUACUACAACAACCCGAAGGACAACGACUACAGAAGCGCCGGAAGAGGAUAAUGGCGGCGAUGACGAAGAGAAUGGAAAUGGGAAUGAAGAUGAAGAUGAGGACGCGGAGACUUCUUCCACUACGAGCACCACAACUGAAAGCAGCGAUUCUAACGGAUCUGAUACCGAUCAAGAGGCUGAGGAAGAAUCGGAGAAUGAGUCGCCGUCUUCUACCACAACAACAACUACUACUACGGAAGCGCCAGAAGAAGAGCCUCAAGCAGAAGAUCAAGAGUCACAGAAUGGAUCAGAUGGUGAACAGGAAGAAGAUUCUCAAGAAGGGUUCGAAAAUGAGAGCGAUUCGGAACAAGAGGCCAAACCAAUGAUUUCUGGUUCAAAGACUAAACCAACAAAAACUGGUAAAAAUGGAAACAAUGGAAAGAAUGGUAACGGAAGCAAAUCAAGAGGAAAGACACCAAACAAUUCCAAUGAUAACGAAGAUGAGUCUAAUGAAAGCCAAUUUGACAGUAAUUUUGAAUCAAAUGGCGAUUCCGACAGUAAUACCAAAGAUUCAGACAAUUGUCGCAAAAAACGAAUUUGUGGUAAAGAUGAAGAAGAGUCAGACGACUCGAAAGACACUGCAGAUAAUGAUGAGUCCACGAAGGAUGACACAAAUUCAGUGACAGUUCCUCCAGAAUUAGUGUCAGCAAUGGUUAAAGCACUUCAAGAAGCGUUAGUCAAAGUAAACCCAACGGACGCGCUGUCAACGACUGAAAGCCCCAAAGACUCAGACAAUGAGCCAAUAGAUGAGGAAGAAGAAGAAGACGAUGACGAAGAAGACAAGACAACGACGACAACCACUACCACUCAGAGACCCAAACAGACAGACUCGACUCUUAAGACACUCAACACAAGACGCAAAUUGAUUCCAACAGUUAUAUCGACAGUCGUUACAAACACAACAUCUCUGAGACUCAAGUCUCCGGUUUUAAGUGUAAUGUCGAGAACUACUCCUCCUAUUCCUCCUAUUCCUACCCCCAGGGCUCAGGCGUGGGCGGCGACCAAAGGCGGCGCCCGUCGGACGACUCAAGUCACGCAAAUCACGCAGAAAGACAUCAGUCAACAGAGGAUAGACGAGGAGGAGGAGGAAGACGACGACAAAGAGCCGGAAGACGACGGCAACGAUCAGCAAAAUUCUGUGCCAAUCAAUCCAAUCAAUAGAACGAAGACCGACUCCAAUGUCAACCAAAUCAGUGAUUCUAAUAGUAAUAAACUGCCGACAGUUAGUCAAACUCCUAAACAAACUGACAGUUCCAGUGAUGAUACGGAUAGUGAGGAUAACGAAGGAGAGAAUAGUGAUGAAGAAGAAGAGGAGCCGAAAGACAGCGAAGACGGCUCUGAAAGUGCCCCCAAAGUGAAGAUCGUGUCGUCCAUUGACGAGCUGUCGUCCGCACCACACGAUCCCAAAAAUCCUCCCAUUUUUGUAGUCCUAUUACCCGACAAGAAAUCACAGAAACAAUAG